AAAAAUCAAAAGCCACCCACUUCUCUCACUCGGGCAUCAAGAAGCCCUUUUCUGAAGUUGCCCUCCAGACGAGAGAAUCCUUAAAAAGGCCCUAUUUUCCUCUUCCACUCUCAAUCCUGGCAGAUUUUGUAUCCUGUGCGCGGGCUGGACUGAUGGGAAAUAUCGGGAAAUUUCCCGAGAAAUCGGUACAAAAUCGGCGAUACAAACCGAAAUUUUCGCCGAUAAAUUGCAGCGACUGGAUUUUUUUGAAGAUUUCGCCGCUUUUUCGCCUGCAGCCGGUUUUUCGGCGAUUUUUCGGCCAUUUUAACCGAAAUUUGGCUAAAUUUCUCCCAUCGACAUUUCGCCCUCCUCUUUCGUAUCGCCGGCCACCGAAACGAAAUUUCGCCGAAAAAAAUGGAAACUUUCAUCCAUGGGUAUAAAGGCAAAGUUGAACCAAGGCUUGAUAUGUAAGCCAUGGAAAGGGUGUUGGGCCGAUUGGGCCCAAUUAGUAGUGCAAGCCAAGCCAUGGUUUUGGUCCAAAAUAAUAGUGGUCCGAUUCACUAGGAACUAGACGGUUCGUCCGAUCUGGUGGUUGGAUCGCCAGUUUGAACGGUUCGGUCCCGAUCCAAAGCAAUAACGGCUCAAUGAUAUGAACCGGAUUGAAAGAUGCAAAUUUUAGAAAAAAUGGCAUUAGUUUUUCCUUAAUAUUAACACUAUAAGAUCUUUGUGACUAUCAUUUUUGGGUUCAUGAAAGAUAUUCAUAUUUCUUUUAUCCUAGACGUGAAGACUAAUGUCAGUGCUAGGGAGUAAGUUUUAACGGAUAACAUUUGUUACGUAAAUUUAUAUACUUUUAUGUUAAUAAUGGAUUCUUACUUUCGGUCUGUGAUCUCAUGGUUUUUACAUCUGUAAAGUUUUUAAAAGAAUUUGUGGAUGUUUAUGAUGAAACAUAACAUUAGGAUUGUAACUCAAAAAAGAUUAUUUAUAAGAUUAAGUGGGUGUGUAGAAAACUAAUUUAAUGACUUAAAGUGAUUUAAUAACUUAAUUUAAAUUAUUAAGUAAAUUAAGUAUGUAUGAUAAAAUAACUUAAUGUUAUGAUUUAAAGAAAAAAAUAAUUUAAGUAAUAAGUAAAAAUAAUUAAUUUAUUUUUAAGUCCGUAUUUUAUUUUAUCUUUUUAUCCUCAUUUACCUUUAUUAUCUCUAAGAUUUUUUUUGUUAUUCCACAACUUCUAUUGUUAUUCGAUUUUAUUUACCCUAACUAUAAUUUAUGAGAAUAACUAUGCCCAUUUAAUAAUCGAGAAUAAAUUUUAAGUUAAUUUUAUCAAAUAAUAUUAAGAAUUAAGUAAUAAGUUUUAAGUUAGUUUAAGUAUAAUUUAAUUUAAAAUCAAUUUAAAUUAUUAAGAAAUAAGUAUUAAGUUUUAUCAAAUAUCUUUUUAUUAUAUAUAUAUAUAUAUAUAUAUAUAUAUAUUUUUUUUUUUUUUUAAUUUAGAUAUUUAAGUUUGAAGAAAAUUGUUGUGAAAUAUAAUAUGAGCACUAUAAUAAAAAAAAUAUCAUGGUCAUAUUACUGGUAUGGAGUACUUAUUAUCAAAAAGUAAGUCGUGAGUUUGAAUUUCUAUCUUGAUUUUCCCCUUUUAUUAGGUACUUUUUUUUAAAUAAAAAAAAGUUAAAAUAAAUAUGGUGAAAAUAUGGUACUAGGGUUACAUCCAAAUAAGUUGGACACCACUAACUUCCACUUUGACUUUUAAAAAUUAGGCUUCCAUCCAAAAAAAAAGGAGGAAAUAUAAGAAACACAUCAUUUUAGUUUGACCCAAAUAAUUUAGGUCUAGAACCAUUUUUGAAAUUGGACUCCACCCAAAUGUCCACUUAUUCCUUUCAUCUGUUUUCAUUUUUGGUAUGGUCAAUGUGGCCACACUUUUCCAAUACAACAUCCAUGGGCCAUAAUUAUACAUGGGAUCUAUUGCUUUUCUACUCUUUUUCAUUGGUCUUUUUUUUUUCUAAAAAAUUUAUAUUUUAAAAUAAAUUUUAAAUAAUAAUAAUAUAUAUUUUUUCAUUUUGCUUGUUUUUAAAAGUUGUAUUAAUUGGUAUUUCAUUUAAUUAGAUCAUAAAUAAAAUUUAAAUGAAAAAUAAAUGGAGGUGAAUGGGACAUAAUGGUAAAUACAUUUAUUUGUAUAUUUAUAACAUUUAUUUAAUUAUUUAUUUAUUUUCUAGUUUUUAGAUUUUUAUAAACUUUAGUUUUUGGGUAGAAGGGCCCAUUUCCUCUGAUUUCUGAACCCAACCCAGUACAAAAGUUCAGAAAAUGCCAGGAAAAUUUAUAAACACCUUUUAAUUCACAAAAUACCCUUCCCCUAACUCAAUAAAUACAAAUUUGUCCUCCCCAUAUCCAACUUCAACGUGCCUCUCUCCUUAGCUCUCACGCCAAAACCCCUCACGACCGUGUUGGAGAUCCAGCGAACCCGGACAAGGUUCGCAUUCCCAUGACAGAUUUCGUAGACCCCAUUAGCCAGUGCUCAAAACCCUUUAAUUUCUUGGUUAUAAGUAUUGGCUUAAUUGGCUAAUUGAUUUAAACCUUUUUCUACCUGCCAUCUUCAUCUAUGUUUGGAGCUGUUGCAAAUGUUCCUACCAAUAGUCCUCACCUACGGAAGUCUGGAAGCCGACCUGUUUUCUCUGAUCCUGGUUCAGGUGAGCUAGGGAGUGGUGCUGAAGAAGGUUUCUUGCAUUCAGUAGAGGUAGAUGAAAUGAAGGGUGCAAGUGCACCAUUAAGUACUGCUGCAAUAAUGCCAUCCCCUAUUUUCUUAUGGAGAUUUAAGGUACUGUUGUUUUUCAUCUGGGGUUUCAGUUGUUGCAAGAUUGGAUGGGAUUCUGUUAUGAGAAUGAGUGUGGACUUACGGGAUCUGUUUCUAUAUGAAGCAUUUUUGUACUAUAAUCCUCUCCUUCUUGUGACCAUGAUGGUUUGGCUUUGGGGAGUUAAUUUAUGGAUUUUUGCCCAAUCUAGUGUCAAUUAUGCAAAAAUUUUUGAUCUUGAUCAAAGUCAUCUUACUCAGAGAGAAAUAUGGAAGUGUGCCACAUGGAUGACGAUUAUUGUUCCAACUAGUAUGACUGCAUAUCUUUAUCUUUAUUCUCAUGGAGAAGUAUCAUUGGCUGCAUCCCAACCAGUCCUCUUGUACACUGCCAUAGCCCUGGUUCUGAUAUUCCCUUUCGAUAUUUUCUAUUUGUCAUCUCGCUACUUCUUGUUGAAGACUCUUUGGCGGAUAGUUCUGCCUUUACAGGCAAUAACAUUUUCUGAUUUUUUCUUAGCUGAUAUUUUGACAUCCAUGGCAAAGGUAUUUUCAGAUUUGGAACGAUCCGUCUGUCGAAUGUUGCAUAGACAGGUUGCCACCAUUGCAUGGUUUGAAGCUGAUUCUGUUUGUGGCAGUCAUUCUGUUGCAAUCCCAUUAGUUCUUGUUUUGCCUUACCUUUUCCGGUUUUUCCAAUGUCUUCGACAAUACAAGGACACAGGGGAAAAAACAACCCUUCUGAAUGCUUUAAAAUAUUCGACCGCAGUACCAGUCAUUUUUCUUUCGGCCCUUAAAUAUCAUGUAUUCCCUGAUAGGUGGACAAGCAUUUAUCGGCCUCUGUGGCUUCUUUCAAGUGUUCUGAAUUCCUUGUAUUCGUUCUACUGGGAUGUGACACGAGAUUGGGACUUGAGUGCCUUCACUCGGAUUUUCAAGUUCUCCAAAGCAAGUCUCUUGUCAAACCUACUAUAUGGAAGGAGAUGGGUAUAUUUUUGGGUGAUAGGAAGCAAUCUGGUCCUGCGAUGCACAUGGACAUACAAGCUGUCUGCCCAUCUUCGGCACAACUACCUAACUGUCUUCACAAUCACUGCCUUGGAGAUAUUUCGACGCUUCCAAUGGGUUUUCUUCCGAGUAGAGAACGAGUGGAACAAGAUGAACUCCAAGUCGAACAUUCAGCUGUCCAUGAGCGACACGAGUGAGGAAGACAAAUUACUUGGCUCUAAUGAGCGCAAUGUAUAGACCCCUAUAGAAGUACUCUUCAUGUUUUGGUAGCAGCAGCAGCAGCUGCCUGCAGCAUUAUUUUGAGGUCCUUCAUAUCACUAUCCUCCAUCCAUUUAUUGGCCAAAUGGGGGCUAGCCAUCACGUUUUCGCUUCUCCAUUUCUUACGAUUCUUUUACAAAUUUUCUUUGUUAAAUGUUACAUGAAGUUGCAGGUUGACUGGCGAUUACAACAUCUAUACAAAACCCACAUAUUUUUUCUUGUUUCGA